GGUAAUGAGAAGCCCACAAGGCGCUGGAGUAGCUAGUAGGAGCCAUUUUAAUCAUUUACGCGAACUCAGCGAGGUGACAACGUCUCUGGGAGUGACUGAGAAGCUUUGGCGAGGGAGACUGCGGUUUCAUUCUCAGUCCAACUGGAUUAGCUGCUGUUUGCCGAAAGUAUGGAUAUGCCGCAACAAAAGAAACUGACUCGAAUGAAAGUUUGAGGGGAGGCUGCUGCGAAUUAUAUUCAGACGGGGUGAAUAUUAUCCACGAGAAAUGCUCGUCAUUAAGUGGGAUCUGUUGUUUGUGAUCACCGGGUGGUUAAAACUUGCCUCUUUGUCGGAUUGCUACAGUGUGCACCUCAGCGAGGAUGCGGAACCGGGGACUAUUAUUGCGAACCUGGGGCAGAGCGGUGCUUGUACCCUGGACCAGGUAAUCGCCCCAAAAUUCACAAAGACUUUUGUAGAGACGGAUCCCGCGGCGGGCAUUGUGUUCAUUUCGGAUGCGUUGGAUUGCUCUGCGCUCCCAUCCAACCCCUUCACCGUAUACACCGCUGUAGACUGCAAAACCACUGUGCCCGGCUUCAGGCACCUACUUACCAGCCGGUACGAUGUACAUGUGCACGGCAGGAACUGUUUCAAUAAGCACAGGAGGAAAACAAAACGGGACGUUGACAUAAUCAGUUUGCUGCAAGUCCACAGUCACAAGCCAGUUUGCUACAGCGCUGAUGCUCCGCUUUUCCAUGUGCGGGAUAUAAUGCCCGGCUUACCGACUCGCUGCGAAGUGCACUGCAGCGUGACUGGCAAUUCGCAGUUCCAUGUCUCGGUGGGAGGAUUAUUUGUUUCCAAGGAGCUCUGUCUGAAGCAGGGCACGCUACACGAACUGGACCUCCACUGUAACAGGUGUGUAAACGGGGGAUUAUGCCAGGGUGCGGCGGGUCAGAGGGAAACCACGGGGGGAAAAGGAAUCUCCAUGCAUUUGCGCGUAGGUGUGGGUUCCUUCAAGCCGGAUUACUUGGAGGAGUUACUGCAGGUAGCUGCGCAGUCAGAGGCAGGGUUAGUGAGCAGAAGGAAGAGAAAUGUGAACACCAGCCCACAGUUCCAGCCUCCAAUGUACCAGGUGUCUGUGCCAGAGAAUAAACCUGCCGGGACCCCUGUUGUCCUCCUAAAAGCAGUGGACUCUGAUGAGGGGGAGGCUGGUCGACUGGAGUACUUCAUUGAAGCUCUGUUUGACAGUCGCUCCAACAGUUUAUUUGCUGUGGACUCGGUCACUGGCGCGGUCACCACGGUGGAGGUGCUUGACCGGGAAACCAAGGACACCCACGUGUUCAGGGUAACGGCCGUGGACCAUGGCACGCCCCGCCGCACCGCCAUGGCGACGCUCACCAUCACCGUGAGCGACACCAACGACCACGACCCCGUUUUCGAGCAACAGGACUACAAGGAGAGCGUUCGGGAGAACCUGGAGAUCGGCUACGAGGUGCUCACGGUCCGGGCCACGGACGGAGACGCCCCCAUCAACGGCAACAUCGUCUACCACGUCCUCAACAGCAACGGCUCCAACGAUGUGUUCGAGAUUGACUCCAGGUCCGGCGUCAUUCGCACCAAGGGCCCCGUGGACCGCGAGGAGGUGGAGGCCUACAUGCUGCUGGUGGAGGCCAACGACCAGGGGCGCGACCCAGGCCCGCGCAGCUCCACGGCGACCGUCUACAUCACGGUGGAAGACGACAAUGACAACGUGCCCCAGUUCAGCGAGAAGCGCUACGUGGUGCAGGUGCCCGAGGACAUGCCGCCCAACUCGGAGAUCCUCCAGGUGACCGCCACCGACCAGGACAGGGGCAACAAUGCCGUGGUGCACUUCAGCAUCAUGAGCGGCAACACCCGGGGUCAGUUUUACAUCGAUGCACAGACGGGCAAGAUGGACCUGGUGAGCCAGCUGGACUACGAGGUCAGCAAGGAGUACACGCUGCGCAUCCGCGCGCAGGACGGCGGCCGCCCCCCCCUCUCCAACAUCAGCGGGCUGGUGACGGUGCAGGUGCUGGACGUGAACGACAACGCCCCCAUUUUCGUCAGCACCCCCUUCCAGGCUACCGUGCUGGAGAACGUCCCUGUGGGCUACUCCAUCAUCCACAUCCAGGCCGUGGACGCGGACUCGGGGGACAACUCGCGACUGGAGUACCGUCUCAUUGAGACCACGCCCAACUUCCCCUUCUCCAUCAACAACAGCACCGGCUGGAUCGUGGUGGCGGCGGAGCUCGACCGGGAGACGGUGGACUUCUACAACUUUGGUGUGGAGGCCCGCGACCACGGCUACCCCGUGAUGUCGUCCUCCGCCAGUGUCAGCAUGACCAUCCUGGACGUGAACGACAACAACCCCCAGUUCACCCAGAGGUCCUACCACACGCGGCUGAAUGAGGACGCGGCCGUUGGCACCAGCGUGGUGACCGUGUCGGCCGUGGACCGUGACAUCAACAGCGUGGUGACGUAUCAGAUCACCAGCGGCAACACGCGCAACCGCUUCUCCAUCACCAGCCAGAGUGGCGGUGGCCUAAUCACCCUGGCCCUGCCGCUGGACUACAAGCUGGAGCGGCAGUACGCCCUGACCGUCACCGCUUCCGACGGCACGCGCUUCGACACGGCCAAGGUGUACGUCAACGUCACCGACACCAACACCCACCGGCCCGUCUUCCAGAGCUCUCACUACACGGUCAACAUCAACGAGGACCGGCCCGUGGGCACCACAGUCGUGAUCAUCAGCGCCACGGACGAGGACACGGGGGAAAAUGCCCGCAUUACCUACUUCAUGGAGGACAGCAUCCCCCAGUUCAGCAUCGACUCUGACAGCGGCGCCGUCACCACCCAGAUGGAGCUGGACUACGAGGAUCAGGUCUCCUACACACUGGCUAUCACGGCCAGGGACAACGGCAUCCCCCAAAAGUCCGACACCACAUACCUUGAGAUCCUGGUGAACGACGUCAACGACAACUCCCCGCAGUUCCUCCGCGACCAGUACCAGGGCUCUGUGAUGGAGGACGUGCCUGUUUUCACCAGCGUGGUCCAGGUGUCGGCCACCGACCGCGACUCCGGCCUGAAUGGCCGCGUCUUCUACACCUUCCAGGGCGGUGAGGAUGGCGAUGGCGACUUUAUCAUCGAGUCCACCUCAGGGAUCGUGCGCACGUUGCGCCGCCUGGACCGCGAGAACGUGCCGCUCUACAACCUGCGCGCCUUCGCCGUGGACAAGGGCCUCCCGCCGCUCAAGACGUCCGUGGACAUCCAGGUGGCCGUGCUGGACGUCAACGACAACCCGCCCGUGUUCGAGAAGGAUGAGUUCGACAUCUUUGUGGAGGAGAACAGCCCCAUCGGCCUGGUGGUAGCGCACGUCACGGCCUCGGACCCGGACGAGGGGAGUAACGCGCAGAUCAUGUACCAGAUCGUGGAGGGCAACAUCCCGGAGGUCUUCCAGCUGGACAUCUUCUCCGGUGAGCUGACGGCGCUCGCCGACCUGGACUAUGAGACCCGUUCGGAGUACGUCAUCGUGGUGCAGGCCACCUCCGCCCCCUUGGUCAGCCGGGCCACCGUGCACAUCAAGCUGGUUGACAAGAACGACAACCUGCCCGUGCUCAAGAACUUCCAGAUCAUCUUCAACAACUACGUCACCAACAAGUCCAGCAGCUUCCCCACGGGGGUGAUCGGCCGCAUCCCUGCCCACGACCCGGAUGUAUCUGACAAGCUCCACUACAGCUUCGAGGCUGGCAACGAGCUGAACCUGGUCAUCCUCAACCAGAGCACCGGGGAGAUCCGCCUUAGCAGCUCCCUGGACAACAACCGCCCGCUGGAGGCCACCAUGAGGAUCUCUGUGUCGGAUGGCGUCCACUCGGUGUCAGCGCAGUGCCUCCUGCAGGUCACCAUCAUCACGGACGAGAUGCUGUCCAACAGCAUCACCCUGCGCCUGGCCAACACCUCCCAGGAGCGCUUCCUGUCCCUGCUGCUGGCCCAGUUCCUGGAGGGCGUGGCCAAUGUGCUGUCGGCCUCCCGCGAGGACAUCGUCAUCUUCAACAUCCAGGACGACACGGACGUGAGCGCCAGCAUCCUCAACGUCAGCCUGUCGGUGGCGGCGGCCGGCCAGCGCGGCGGGGCCGGCGGAGGAGGCGGGGCGGAGUUCUUCGGCUCGGAGGAGCUCCAGGAGCGGCUCUACCUCAACCGCAGCCUGCUGGCGCGCAUCUCCUCUCAGCGCGUGCUGCCCUUCGACGACAACAUCUGCCUGCGCGAGCCCUGCGAGAACUACAUGAAGUGCGUCUCCGUGCUCAAGUUCGACAGCCUGGCGCCCUUCAUCGCCUCCGACACCAUCCUCUUCCGGCCCAUCCACCCCAUCAACGGCCUCCGCUGCCGCUGCCCCGCCGGCUUCACCGGCGACUUCUGCGAGACGGAGAUCGACCUGUGCUACUCCAAGCCCUGCGGCGCCCACGGCUUGUGCCGCAGCCGCGAGGGCGGCUACACCUGCGAAUGCUUCGAGGACUACACAGGGGAGAGGUGCGAGCUGUCGUCCCGCUCCGGCCGCUGCGCCCCGGGGGUGUGCAAGAACGGGGGCACCUGCGUCAACCUGCUGGUGGGGGGCUUCAAGUGCGAGUGCCCCCCGGGGGCCUACGAGAAGCCCUACUGUCAGAUGACCACCCGCGGCUUCCCCCCGCAGUCCUUCCUCACCUUCAAGGGCCUCCGCCAGCGCUUCCACUUCACCCUCUCACUCACUUUUGCCACCAUGGAGCCCAACGGACUGCUUCUGUAUAACGGGCGCUUCAAUGAGAAGCACGACUUCAUCGCCGUGGAGAUUGUCGACGAGCAGAUCCAGCUCACCUUCUCUGCAGGAGAGACGAAAACGCUGGUGUCCCCCUAUGUCCUGGGUGGUGUGAGUGACGGCCAGUGGCACGUGGUCCAGGUGCACUACUACAACAAGCCCGUCCUAAGUCAGGCUGGUCUCCCCCAGGGUCCCUCUGACCAGAAGGUUGUCGUGGUGACUGUGGACGACUGUGACACAUCCGUGGCGCUGAAAUUCGGUCAAGAAAUCGGGAACUACUCCUGCGCUGCCCAGGGCAGCCAGUCGGGAUCCAAAAAGUCUCUGGACCUGACAGGACCCCUGCUCCUAGGGGGAGUACCCAAGCUCCCCGAGGACUUCCCCGUCCAGAACCGCCAGUUCGUGGGCUGCAUGAAGGACCUGCAGAUCGACAACCGGCACAUAGACAUGGCUAGCCACAUUGCCAACAAUGGCACGGUGCCAGGUUGCUCAUCUAAAAGGAACUUCUGCAGUACCAACCCCUGUCUGAAUGGCGGGACCUGUGUGAACCGUUGGGGCUCCUUCAGCUGUGACUGCCCCCUAGGGUUUGGAGGCCGGAACUGCGAGAAGGCGAUGGCCAGUCCGCAGCGUUUCCAGGGAAACGGCCUGGUGCAGUGGAACAACCCAGCGGCGGUCAUCACGGUGCCCUGGCACGUCGAGCUGAUGUUCCGCACGCGGCAGGCGAGCGCAGUGCUGCUCCGUAUCGCAGCUGGACAGCAGCACAGCAUCACUCUGCAGCUUCGGAACGGCAGUGUGGUGAUGUCGCUGCAGAGGGGGGAGGACUCCACCGUGUCCCGGCUGGAGGCGGUGAGGGCCAACGACGGGGACUGGCACCACCUGCAGCUGGAGCUCCGCGGGGGGUGGGCGGGCGUGGCCGGCCGUCACCAGGCCAUCCUCUCCCUCGACUACGGGCUGCACAUGGCUAGUGUGGAGGUGGACAGUAAGCUGAAGGGCCUGAAGCUGAGGAUGCUGAGCGUUGGGGGCGUUUCUGGGCGUGACGGGAAAGUGCUGCAAGGAUUUCGCGGCUGUGUGCAGGGCGUGCACCUGGGGGAGACCUCGGCCACUGCCGCGUCCCUCAGCCUGAUUCAGGCCAGGAAGGUGAACGUGGAGCGGGGCUGCAGUCUCUCUGACCCCUGUGACUACAGCCCCUGUCCCGCCAACAGCUACUGCAGCAACGACUGGGACAGCUACUCCUGCACCUGCCACCCAGGUUACUACGGUGAUGGCUGCACGGACGUGUGUUCCCUGAACCCUUGUGAGCACCAGUCAGCUUGCACAAGGACGCCAAGCUCCUCCCACGGCUACACCUGCGACUGUCCUGACAACUACUUUGGCCAGUACUGUGAGAAAAGGAGUGACCAGCCGUGCCCCAGGGGGUGGUGGGGGCACAAGACGUGCGGCCCGUGCUCGUGCCAGACGGAGAAGGGCUUUGAUGCUGACUGCAACAAGACCAGCGGGGAGUGUCGCUGCAAGGAUAAUCAUUACCGGCCUGUGGGCAGUGACUCCUGCCUGCUGUGUGACUGUUACCCGGUGGGCUCCUUCUCGCGGGCGUGCGACCGGGAGACUGGUCAGUGCCAGUGCAAGCCGGGCGUCAUCGGCCGCCAGUGUGACCGCUGCGACAACCCCUUCGCCGAGGUGUCGCCCAGCGGCUGUGAAGUAAUCUACGACAGCUGUCCGCAGGCUAAGGAGGCUGGGAUAUGGUGGCCCAGGACUAAGUUUGGCCUCCCAGCUGCAGUGCCCUGCCCCAAGGGCUCCAUUGGUACUGCUAUUCGCCACUGUGAUGAACACAAGGGCUGGCUCCCCCCGAAUCUCUUCAACUGCACCUCGGUCACCUUCGCCAAGCUCAAGACCAUUUCUGAGGAGCUCGCCCGCAACGUGUCCCGCCUGGACCCGGUGCGGGUGCGACAGACAGCGGCCAUGCUGAGCAAUGCGAGCCAGCACACACCCGCCCUGUACGGCAGCGACGUGAAGGUGGCCUACCGCCUGACACAGAGCCUCCUGCAGCACGAGACCGGCCAGCACGGCUUCGGCCUGGCCGCCACGCAGGACGUCCACUUCACCGAGAACCUGCUGAGAGUGGGCAGCGACAUCCUGGCGCCGGCCACGCGGGCUCACUGGGAGCUCAUCCAGCAGACGGAGGGGGGCAGCGCCCUCCUGCUGCAGCGCUACGAGGAGUACGCCAACACGCUGGCGCAGAACAUGAGGAAGACCUACCUCAGCCCCUUCACCAUCGUCACGCCCCACAUCGUCAUAUCGGUGGAUCGCCUGGACAAGAUGAACUUCGCCGGGGCCAAGCUCCCGCGAUACAAGGCCCUGAGAGGGGCCCGGCCUGCCGACCUGGAGACAGCCGUCACCCUGCCCGACUCGGUGUUCGAAUCGGCCCGGGAGGUCAGGGGCGGCCACAGGCCCCCCUCGCCGCUCCCCACCGAGGCCCCUGGGAACCACACGGCCAACAGGAGACGGCGGCACCCCGAGGAGAGCAGCCGGGAGGCCAUUGCCAGCGUCAUCAUCUUCCACAGCCUGGCGCCCCUGCUACCCGAGCGCUACGACCCAGACAAGAGGAGCCUGAGGGUGCCCAAGCGUCCGGUCAUCAACACGCCGGUGGUCAGCAUCACAGUCCACGACAACGAGGAGCUGCUCCAGCACACCCUGGAGAAGCCCAUCACCGUGCAGUUCCGCCUGGUCCAGUCAGAGGAGCGCUCCAAACCCAUCUGCGUCUUCUGGAACCACUCCAUCCUUGUUGGUGGUACUGGGGGCUGGUCAUCGAAGGGGUGCGAGGUGGUUUUCCGGAACUACACCCACAUCAGCUGCCAGUGCUAUCACAUGACCAGCUUCGCCGUGCUCAUGGACAUCUCUCGGAGAGAGAACGGCGAGAUCCUCCCUGUGAGGCUGGUGACAUGGAGUACGGUGGGCGUGACCCUGGGCUUCCUCUUCCUCACCACGCUCUUCCUCGUCUGCCUCCGCGCCAUGCACUGCAACAAGACCACCAUCAUCAACAACGGAGCCACCGCCCUCUUCCUCUCCGAGCUCAUCUUCAUUCUGGGAAUCAACCAGGCUGACAACGCGUUUCUGUGCACGGUGAUUGCCAUCCUCCUGCACUUCUUCUACCUGUGCACCUUCGCCUGGCUCUUCCUGGAGGGCCUGCACGUGUACCGCAUGCUGAGCGAGGUGCGCGACGUCAACUACGGCCCCAUGCGCUUCUACUACACCAUCGGCUGGGGCGUCCCCGCCUUCAUCACAGGGCUGGCGGUGGGGCUGGACCCAGAGGGCUAUGGGAACCCUGACUUCUGCUGGCUCUCCAUGUAUGACACUCUGAUCUGGAGCUUCGCUGGGCCCAUCGCUCUGGUGGUAGCGAUGAACAUCUUCCUGUACAUACUGACCUCCAAGGCUUCCUGCUCAAUGCGCCACCAAGGCUUUGAGAAGAAGGAGGGCCCCGUGUCAGGACUGAGGACAGCCUGUGGGGUCCUCCUGCUGGUCACUGUGACGUGCUUGUUGGCUGUCCUGUCAGUCAACAGCGACUCCAUCAUCUUCCACUACUUGUUUGCUGGAUUUAACUGUAUCCAGGGGCCGUUCAUCUUCUUCUUCCGAAUCAUCUUCAACAAGGAGGUCAGGACCGCCAUCCGCUACUGCUGCAGCCGCAAGCGGCCCGACAACGUGAUGGGCCCCAAGUCCCUGGCCUCGGCCUACAACUGCAACAGCAUAUACAUGGGCGGCCGCUUGUACCACCCUCCCUUUGGGGACUCGAGCGCCUCGCUCAACGGCACGCUGCAGUCCGGGAAGAGCCAGCAGAGCUACGUCCCCUUUGUCCUGAGGGAGGACGCCGGCCUGAACAACAGCCAGGCGCACCUCGGCCUGAACGACGGCCUGGGCUCCCUCUUCCACGAAGCCAAGGAGCACGCAGACGACCACGAUUCAGACUCCGACAGCGACUUGUCCCUGGAGGACGACCAGAGCGGUUCCUUUGCGUCCUCUCACUCCUCGGACAGCGAGGACGAUGAAGGACAGUACCCCCCCGAGGCAUGCUGGGAGAAUCUGGCCACGCACAUGGGCAAGCACCCCCUCCCGCACCUCGCCCACAAAGAUAAUAACCUGAGCAAGCUGCUGUGGCCAGGGGACUUUGUGACAACGGCGAGCGAGAGCGAGGGCCAGUGUGGAAUGGACCGGCUGCGGGUGGAGACGCUGGCCAGCUCGGACCACGGCCUGGGCUCGGACGGCCGAGACCUGCUGGAAGAGAGGCCUGAUGGGAAGGGGGAGGGGCACGGGAAGGACAACACCCUGCUGUUCCUGUCCAGCCUGCCUAACCCCAGCGCAUAUCCACAGAAAGGGAUCCUGAAGAAGAAGCAGCUCUCCCCCAUCGCGGAGAGAAACGGCGUCAACCGCAUCCACAACGAGCUGUCGGCCGGCGGCCCCGGCCCCACCUCCUCCCGGGGCUCCUCCUCCAGCGAGGGCUGCGGGGGCGGGGCAAAGCCCGCAGCGCAGGAGCAGCCCAACGGAGUGGCGCCCAUCGCCAUGACGCCGAUCGCCGUUAGCAUCAAGGCGGGGACCGUGGACGACGAUUCGUCAGGCUCAGAAUUCCUAUUUUUUAAUUUUGCUCAUUAAAGCAUUGGGUCCAUAUUCAAAUCUGGGAGCUCGGUCUCCUAACUCAGCAAGGCAUUUGGCAUUCCUCACUCCUCCAAUCAGAGAAGAGAAAUGAGCUCUCGGUGCACAUUUGGGCUUUCUCAUCCCCCCACGCACGCUGUCAGCAUUUGAAUCAUGACCAUGCAUUGUUUGUUUUCUGUUCCCGUGUGUUUGUGUGUGUGUGUGUGUGUGUGUGUGUCUAUGUGUGUGCGUGUGUGUUCUCCCCUGUCUCGUGUUGUAUUUUGCACCCCACUCCCUCUCCCCCCGUCCCCCUCCCACCCUCACCCACAGGAGUCGCAAGACGCCGACGUGAGCGGGGUAGCCCGGCUGACAGAGAGGCGCCUCGUUCCAGGUUCCGAUACCCCUCCAACAACCCCACUCCCCCUCACCCCCGCCAAGCCCCACUUCCUGUCUGGAACAGGAAGCAGCCAGCAGGGGCCUCUCGGGAUGAGUAAGGGCGGCGCCUGCCCUGUCUCCUCCCACCUGGAACGCGCUGUGCCCGCCUCUCUGUUCAAUUCUCCACAGGACAUUGGUUCCAGACCUUGUUGGGCUUCUACAUCAGUCUGGGCUGUUGAGCACGGAUGCACGGAGGCCAUGACUUUUAAUUUUUUUUUUUAAAUUGCCGUUUUUUUGUUUACAUACUUGAAUGGAUGCACUUUUAUUUUACUUUAAUGCACCCAGCUGGACGUGCA